AAUAACAUGGUCACAGAGCCCGCCGAAGACAAUGACGAUGAAGACGAUGCUGAUUUUUGGGAGGCUAAUGAGAUACGUGACGUGGAUGAGAUGUAGUUAUAUUUCCCUUCUGCCACCAACUAUUUUCUCUGUUUUAUUAUCUGCUAUUGUUUAUUCACAUAUUCUUUCCACCCACACACAUUAUUUCUAUUCUUUAUGGCAUAACACGCUACUCUUCGUUCCUUCAUUCAUACUACUACGAUCCUUGUUGUCGUUAUUGUUAUUGUUAUCAUCAUCAAGGUGAUUUGGUGAUUUGUUGG